GAGAGUGGCGUAGGCUCGGCGUUGAGCAGUCCGCUCGCUACUCCGCUCGGCACAGUCACGAUGGGAGCGGCCGACGAGUGACAUGCCGCUUGCCGCCGGCGCGCGCUUUACACGCUCGCGUAAAUAAUUCUAGACACGAAAUCCCAUAGCGAAAUUAGGAUGAAUUAUUAUUUUACACAAAACUUCAUUACGGUGACUCUUCCGGAAUUACAAAUUAUAUUGAACAACACCUAGAGUAUGGACUUAAAUAUUUAAAUCGAAGUAUGUUUUAGUGAUUGUUGUGAUAACUAUCACUUUAGUGAUGUUAAUUUGAAUUUUGAAGAUUGGCGCAACUCCACUGUUAAAUUAUGCUGGACAUUAUAGCUGUUGCCUGAUUUACUUCAGAGACAUUACCGAUAAAGAUGUCGAGUCCCGAGGGGGAAGCCAGCAGCGUAGAUGUGGCGUAUUGCGUGCCGGGUGGCCAAGUCUUCCAAAGCGUUUACAUGCAGAUUCAUGGAUAUAUAGCGUUGCUUAUAUGCUUGCUCGGCUCCGCAGCCAAUUCCGUCAAUAUUGCCGUCCUAAGCAGGAAAGAGAUGGCCUCUUCCACAAACUCCAUACUUACGGGUCUCGCAGUCGCUGAUCUUCUAGUAAUGCUCGACUACAUCCCGUUCGCACUCCAUCUUUAUACUAAUAUAGGAUCGCAACAAAAUAAUAACUCGUAUGGAUGGGCUGUGUUCAUUUAUUUUCAUUCAAUCUUUAGCCAGACAUUCCAUACCAUUUCUAUCUGGCUAACAAUCACCCUCGCUGUGUGGAGAUUUAUUGCUAUAAAAUUCCCACAGAAGAAUAGGACAUUAUGUAACAAGAGGAACACAAGUAUAGCAAUAGGAUUAGCUUACGCAGUGUGUCCAAUUUUAUGUCUUCCUUUCUUUUUUGUUAUGAACAUUCAAGAAGUGUACAGAAAUAAAAAUGUUAAUGAGACUUUAAAUGAUACGCAAAUAGUGAAUGCAUCUACGAAGAAGGGACCAGCUUAUGCUGUCAUGAUGACAAAAAACGAAGAUUUGUUAACUGCAAUAUUCUGGAUAUACAGUGUAUUCAUAAAACUCAUACCUUGUGUAGUGUUAUCUAUUUUAAGUGUAUUAUUAAUAUUAAAAAUGAAAUCAAGUGACAGGAGAAGACAAAAGUUGCUGAAGAAAUCAGUAAUUACUACAAACGAGGGUGACAAAACACGUUUUAAUGACGACAGUGGUGGGAAGCGAGGGGCAGGCCGUACAGAUCGCACGACCAGGAUGUUGGUGGCACUACUUGGGCUAUUUCUGGCUACGGAACUGCCGCAGGCCCUCUUUGGUCUACUAACUGCUAUCGCUCCGCAUCUGUUCCAGAUAUGUUAUUAUGCUUUCGGUGAAGUGAUGGAUCUAAUGGCUCUUGUGGGAUCUGCUGUCAACUUUGUGCUGUACUGUAGCAUGAGCAAACAGUUCCGAAGCACAUUCACGAGAUUGGCCCGUAAAGUAUUGCCUUUGCCUAGGCCAACUGGAGAACAGCUGGUGCCUCUAAAAUCGUAGCGCUCGCAAAACACGACUACCACGGUAGUCAACAUUUAAAGUACGCAUGAACUUAAUAAUAAUUGAGAGAUGACAAUGUGAAUUGAUUUGAACAGAAUGAUACCUCUUUGGAUUUGAAUGUCAGUUGAGUCCAAUUGUUGUAUUUAGCUUAUGUUUAGGUUAAGUGUAUUUUAUAUAUUGGUAAUAGAUACUAAAGUUAAAACGAAUGGUAUAAGAUUUCUUUAAAGUUCUGUACUUAAUCUGUAGUUAGAAAAAAUCUCGUCAGUUCAUUUAAAAUUAUGUUUGCAAAAUUUUAAGUCGUAAAUCUUCAUUAAAAUACUAUAAAGAAAGGUGCUUAAAUAACUGGCAUU